UUCCGCACCACAUGACGCUUCUCACAGCUUUACUCAUGCACAGAUCCGCGGCUACACUCAUACCAACUUACACCAGCUCUCCAACACUGCAUGUAGUUACCAUGACGUCCCCGGUCCCCGUCCUGUGCGUAGUUUUGCUGUCCGUCUGUGCGGCCGACGCGAGGAGACUGCCCCGCCAGUUUGACGUUGUUCAGCCUGACCAGGCGGCCUGUGUGCAGGACGGAGUCUCCUACCCGAUCGGCGCGUCUGUGCCCGACAUCGAUGACGAUCCAUGCACGUUCGGAUGCCGCUGUUACAGUCCCGGAAUCAUACACUGCGCCACGGUGAAGACCGCCCGGGCCUGCCUGCGCCCGGACCUGCCGUGCGUGGACGCCGUGGCUGUGUACCACCCGCACCACUGCUGCCCCACUUGGACCUGUCCUAACGUUAAGCCAUCCCGGCAGGACAGACGGUGUACGUGAGCGGCCAGCAGUGUUACUGUGCGGGCAUUUCUGCGAUGUGUAUCCCGGUACCCAUCAAAACCACCACUGCAGUCCCCACCACUACAGCUACUCAAUUCAUCACUCUUUAAAUCACCAAUCCGACCCCAACACUCCCAUUCCCAACAACAACCCCGUCUACACCACCCCCUCCACCCCCACUCCCAAAAACCCAGUCUACACCACCUCCACUCCCAACAACCCCACU